AUGGAACACAACUCUAACUUCAAAUUCAAAACUGAAUACUUUCGAAAUACGCCAAGAUUAGUGGAACUCCACGAUUCUUCCUGGAUAAGUUUCGAUCAAUUUCUUGAAAUGGAAUCUUUUACUAUCGCCUUGUACCGGUCAAUAUUCAAAAUCCCUCAUUUCAAGUUAUUGAUUGAAAAAUGGAACAGUGGAUGGACACCUAAAUGGAGAGUGAUAAUGGUGGAAUCUAGUGAGGAAGUGAACAUUGACGAGUGUGUCAACGAAUUGGUUGUUUUGGGACGUUUCUCCGAAGUUCAAGUAGAAAGAUCUGAAGUAAAAGAUGAAUAUUCUGAUGGAGAAGUAUCACAAAGAAUCAUUUACAAGAUUCACCGAUCAGAUAAAGCAGUUGGGCAGAUCGUUGUGGAGAACAGUUUUAUGUUUUCGUUGUAUGUGAUGAUUGAUUCUGAGAAGAACUCGCGAUUUUACCCACCAUUGUUCUUGUCAUGA